AUGGACUCGAUUGCUCGUCACCUGCAACUCUGGGAAGAGCUACCACCACCAUCCCGACUUAACCCUGGCCUGCAGUAUUUCAAAUCCGUUAUCUACAAGGACAGUACCAUUGAAGGUUCCCAUCUCAUGCGUGAACACAUUGCAGCAGUCGAGGCAGCUCACUCGGCCGCCAUGUUGGCACAGAACGUCCAUCGCGAACACCGGGAACUGAUCGACAUGGCUGACACGGAUGUCAGCAGCAGCUCUUUCAAUCACCAAGAGAAAAUCCUCGCGGCCACCGCGCUAGAACGCAAUUUACAAGAGCAAAAGACCAAGUAUUUGGCCUGGUCGACACACCAAAAUCGGCUGUUUCGGGAUUACGAUGGCCUUCAAAACGUCGUAACCCAUCACGCAAAGAUCCGAUGGUGGGGCUGUGGGAGGUCCAACGCCUUGGCUCGUCGGGGGUCUUCAGUGUCGGUCGAUAUGGCAUUGUGGGUGCGCACGCCAGCUUCGUUUUGCACGAAGUGCCGUCCCGAUCUUGGUGCCACAUCCCCUCGAGCGCGAGUGGCAGACAACCACACCGGAGCAAUCAAAAGCCCUGUACAGCCACCCCAGCUCGUGUGGUCUGACGGCAUGCUGUGGCUCAAAAUAUAUGCCACAAUGCCAGUACAAUCUUCGCAAUUGGCGCUGACAUCAUCUAUCAAGCCGAAUCGGCAACUCACUGUCGCCAGGGAAACGUCAAAAGCCAUUUCGAAGCACUUGAAAUCGAUGGAGGGUUCUCAGGGGGCGGCCGUGUGCAUCCAUGGCAUUUGCAACUCUAUGCGGCAAAAUCGCAGUGCCGACGUUCAAAUUGCGGGCUGCUUGACCCUGACCAAGGCAGUGACUACUGGAAACCACGGUGGGUUCCGAGAAAUGGUGGAGCGCAUUGCCGCGGCGAUGGCAACGCAUCCUGCAAACCCGUCCGUUCUGUACGCCGCCAUGCCCCUUGCCUACUCGAUUCUGGAAGUCACGACUAACCAAACAGUGGCCACUGAGCGGCUCGCCUGA